GAGAAGCCCGGAGUGGGAUCCCUGCCUGCCCAUGCCUGGACUCGACAUUGCUGGGGCCACAUACUGCAAUAAGAGGAAGAGAAAAGACGGAUCAUUCACCGUUGCUAAAAAUGGGAGGCAGCAUCUGUCCAGCAGACCAGGAGGGGAAGCUCCAGACCUUGCCUGUGGGGCAUCCCUGCGAGUGCCACAGCCGGAGCGACACAGCCCUCUGUCAGUAAGGGGUGUCGGGGCAGCAUGGCUCAGAGAGCCUGGGUCAGCAUGCUCUUCCACAACCGCAAGACCCAGCUCCUGCUGGUAAACUCCCUGACGUUCGGCCUGGAGGUCUGCCUGGCUGCAGGGAUAACCUACGUGCCUCCGCUGCUGCUGGAAGUGGGUGUGGAGGAGAAGUUCAUGACCAUGGUUUUGGGGAUAGGACCUGUCCUUGGCUUGGUUUUUGUCCCGCUGAUCGGAUCUGCCAGUGACCACUGGCACAGCAGCUAUGGCCGAAGGCGACCUUUCAUCUGGAUGCUUUGCCUGGGAGUCCUGCUGAGCCUCUUCGUUAUCCCACACGCCAGCAGCCUGGCCAGCCUGUUUGCCCUCAACACUCGCCCGCUGGAGAUUGCCUUCCUCAUCCUGGGCAUCGGGUUACUGGAUUUCUGUGGCCAGGUCUGCUUCACUCCGCUGGAGGCCCUGCUCUCAGACCUCUUCCAGGAGCCAGACAACUGCCGCCAGGCCUUCUCCAUGUAUGCCUUCAUGAUCAGCUUGGGGGGCUGCAUUGGCUACCUGCUUCCAGCCAUUGACUGGGGCGGCAGCUUUCUGGCCCCGUACUUGGGAGGGCAGGAGACCUGCCUCUUCAGCCUCCUUGCCGUCAUUUUCCUCGGCUGUGUGCUGGCCACGCUUUUUGUGACAGAGGAGGCAGCCGCCCAGGCAGAUGUUCUAGAUGGCCCAGCGCUGAAGGACGCUACCCCUAAGCCCUCACCUCCUGCCUGCUGCUCUUGCCAGCUCUCCAGGAGCUCAUGUCUCCUGCAGGCCAGGCACAUGAUGCAGGCCCUGAGAAACCUCUGCACGCUGGUGCCACGGCUUCACAGCCUCUACUGCCGCAUCCCCAAGGUCAUCCGGCGCCUGUUCGUGGCCGAGCUCUGCAGCUGGAUGGCACUCAUGACUUUCAUGCUGUUCUACACAGACUUUGUUGGGGAAGGGCUGUACCACGGCGUCCCCAGAGCCAAGCCAGGCACGGAUGCCAGACGCCACUACGAUGAAGGUGUCCGGAUGGGUAGUUUGGGCCUCUUCCUGCAAUGCAUCACAUCCAUCUUCUUUUCGACAAUCAUGGACCGGAUGGUGAAGCAGUUUGGGACGCGGGCGGUCUACCUGGCCAGCGUGGUGUUCUUCCCCAUGGCUGCCUUCGUCAUGUGCCUUUCCCACAGUGUCAUCGUUGUUACCGUCUCAGCUGCUCUGACGGGUUUCACCUUCUCUGCGCUCCAGAUCCUGCCGUACACACUGGCAUCACUGUAUCAUCAUGAAAAACAGGUAUUUUUUCAUAAAUAUAAGAGCAAAGAGGAGGAAGACGCAGCUCGAUUGGAGAAGAAAUCAGCCUUCUCUAAAGGCCACCUUUCCAGCCAGAAGCUGCCUUACCAGAAUGGACAUGCUGGGAGCCUCUUCUCUUCUUCCUCUUCCUCCUCCUCUCCUCCAGCUGCCAGCUCGGCUCUGUGUGUCAGCUCCUCCUGCGACGUCUCGCUCAUGAUGAUGGUGGGAGAACCGGACUCGGUGGCUCCUGGCCGAGGGAUCUGCCUGGACCUGGCUAUUUUGGACAGUGCUUUCCUCCUGUCUCAGGUUGUCCCCUCCCUCUUCAUGGGGUCCAUCGUCCAGUUUACGCAGUCAGUGACUGCCUACAUGGUGUCCGCUGCCGGCUUUGGCCUGGUAGCCAUUUACUUUGCAACCAAAGUUGUCUUUGAUAAGAGUGACAUGGCGAAGUAUUCAGUGUGACGUGGAAGGCACAAGGGCAGCACACGGGUGCCUGCACGUGGCAAAAUGAGACGUGUGUGUGUUCACGUGGCCGCUUGUCGGAAGCCUCGUGUGGCAUCUGCUCUCCCCACGCGGUUGCCGUAGCCCUGAGGGGUAGUUCUGGGGCUGGGGGCAGGAGAGAUGCAGCAGGGCUAAUCAU